AUGGGUCUUAGUAUUAAAAUCCUCACAGGUUAUGGAGUGGACACCUCAGUGUUUUGUUCUUUGUCCAAAAUUGUCUCUGCUUUAUCGGCCCGGCGCCCGAACCAGGGGCUGAGCCGGGAGCUUGGAGGCCCUCCGCCAGGCGAUGCCACCGCCAGGCGGCGCUGCCGCGAGAAGCGUGGCCAGGGCCUCGUCUCUGUGGUCCCGCCGGAAGUGACAUGUGGCACGCGGCAGGGGGGCGGUGGCGGGCGCUACACGUUGGCGCUGCUCCUGUUACCGUGCCAGGACCCCGUCCAGCCCUUCUAUGACUUGUCUGUACCUCUGCCGCUGGCCGAGCUGUGUUCCUCUCGCCCAGACCCACCUGCUUGUUCCCCGUGCCUGUGGGGUGCUGCGGGGCCGCCACCUGUCAGCGCGGCCGGAGGCCUCACCGCCUCGCUGGGGCAAGUGCUGCAGGCCGGCGUGUGGAGGGCCGUGGGGUUGGCACCCAACUGCGGACGGUGGUGGUGGGGGGUUAGAUACCGCUCCACGGGAUGGCAGCGGCCCAGGCCCUUCGCAUCGCCAGCCGCUGGUGAGGAUGAAGGAGGGCCACCCCGAGGUGGGGAUGGUGGAGGUCGGCUUCCCGCACCAAUCCGCCCUGUUGUGGCUGACUCUUGUAUGGCCCGUGAGGAGCCGGCCCCGCAGAGCCGGCCACCAGCGCGGCACAAGUCAUACGAGAGAGGGGCCAGGCAGGCAGCACCAGCCAGCAGGGAGCUGAGCUCACAGGAGGGUGGCAUCUCAAGGGCAAGAAGGAGGCUGGAGCAAAAGCCUCUCUUCAUCGAAAGGACUAAAGGCUCAGAGAUCUUAUUUGGAGUUGCACCGUGCUCCCUGGCACUCUCCCAGUCAAGAAGGGACCUGUUCAGGUUGUUCCUCAAGCAAGGCAGCGGCUCUCGGCAGCUUCUCAUGAGUGAGUUUGUUCUUCAGGCCAUGGCCCGGGGAGUGCCUGUACACCAUGUCAAAAGGAGAGAGCUGAACGCUCUUUGCAGUGGUCAGGUCCACCAGGGAGUUUGUUUGGAAGCCACUCCUCUCCGUUUCAAGAGUUUGGAGGAAGCUGAACAGCCUGAUUUGGGGGAUGAUGAGAGCCCAAACCGACAGCUGAUUUGGCUGGUGUUAGAGCGCCUCCAGGACCCCAUGAACCUGGGGGCAGUGCUGCGCUCUGCAUACUUCUUGGGAGUGGACAGAGUGGUGACAAGCCAGAGGAACAGCUGCCCCUUGACUCCAACAGUGAGCAAAGCUAGCUCUGGAGCUGUGGAAGUCUUUGAUGUCUACAGCACAAAUGAUCUCCAGAGCUUUUUGAAGGCCAAAAGCGCAGAGGGCUGGGAAGUCAUGGGAACAGUCAAGAGUCCUGAGGAGGUGGAAAAUGUUCCUGUCAUCAGCUGCUCAGAAUUUCGGUGGAAUCAACCCAUUCUUGUAGUCAUAGGAAAUGAAGGGGAUGGACUUUCCCUGGAGACCCAGCUCCUGUGCCAUCGGAUGCUGGCCAUACCCCCUGGCAGAGUGCUGCACCCUGGCAUCGAGUCGCUGAACGUCUCUGUGGCUACAGGUAUUCUCCUGCACUCCAUCUGCAGCCAGAAGCAUCGUGAUUGAAAUGGUUUUUAUUUGCCUGGGGAAGUUGCUGUGCAUUUUGUGGCUGCCUCUGUUGGUCUAUGGUUAUGGAAAUGCUCUUGGCAGCGUCUUCACCACCACUGCAAGUUUCAGGGAGAGUCCCACUGACCUGAGCUGUGUCUUGAUCCUGCAGCUCUUGCAUAAACACUUGGUGAUGGCUCCGAGCUUUGUGCUUGUGCAGGGGGCUUCAUACACUGCUCGUGCUGCAGAGAGGAUUUGGGCUGUGAGAAACUUCUCAGCUGGUGCUGCUGCUGCUGAGAGCAGCUGUGCCUCAAGCCCAGCACCCCCUUAGCAGCCAAGAGGGUGCCAGUGAGAGCCAGGUAGGAUUUGGGACAGCUGUGUAGCAGUGCCUUCAUGCUGAGGUGGUUUCUCUGUUCCAUCUUGCUGCUGGACUGGCUGAAAACACCCCGUGUUGUAUUUGGUUGUAAUCUGGGUCUCUGCAGCCCUGCUCAGGGGUGGGUAGGAGAUGUUAGAAAUGAGCUGUGGUGAGGAAGAACAGC